AUCGAAUAGAUAAAACCGGGUGAGGAAUCUGAAAUCACCCACCAAACCCAAACGCCAAACCCAAACCCAUCCAUCUCCGAAACACCCAAAUCCCCCAGAGUUAAAGUCAAAGUUGAUGGCUCGGAUAAAGCCGCAGGCGCUGCUACUUCAGAGCAAGAAGAAGAAGGGGCCGACUCGAAUCAGUGUCGCUACCAUAGUUAUGUGCAAUCUUAUAAUCGCUUUGAUCGCCUUGUCCUUGGUCGCCACUUACCGCUACUGGUCCAGAAGGUCACUGGACCAUUCCGGGUCGGACUUUUCUGCUUCAGGGGAAAUGGAUGCGUUUGCCAAGAAGGAUGAUCUUCCUGGUUACGCUAUUUUAAACACAUCAAAAGGUUAUAUCACAGUGGAACUUUACAAGGAUGGUUCUCCAGAGGUUGUGGAUAGAUUUCUUGACUUAUGUCAAAAGGGACACUUCAAAGGGAUGCUCUUCAGUCAUGUCAUUAAACACUACGUAAUUAAGGGAGGAGAUUCCCAAGGACUUGGAGUAGCUGAAGAUUGGAUAUCAAAAGGGAAGCUUCGUAGUCAACUUGUGACAAGUCCAAAGCAUGAAGCAUUUAUGCUUGGAACUACAAAGAAUAAACUAGAGAACAAAGGAUUUGAGCUUGUUAUCACGACGGCACCUAUACCUGAUUUAAAUGACAAGCUUAUUGUGUUUGGACGUGUCGUCAAAGGAGAGGAUGUGGUGCAGGAAAUUGAAGAGGUUGAUACAGAUGAACAUUAUCGGCCUAAAUCUCCAGUAGGGAUCACCAGCGUGACUCUAAAACGCGAGAUAUAAGGACAAUUCAAGUCUAAUGUGGUCCUUUCCUGCACGACAGAGUGCUGGUUCAAGUAUCUUCUAGCUGAGACUUACUUUUGUGACACUGCUACAGUAUAUCUUUUAGAUUUCUCUUUCUCAGUGAUCCCCUUGAAAUUUUCUCUACUUCUCCUUCCGAGUUUUGUUUGUGAUUUGCAGUGGGGAAGGGGAGAUAACUUCUUUAGGCAUAGGCACCAUAUCAGCGGUGGACAAAAAUACGACAAUGCAGCUAAUUUGAUAUGUACACAUCUAUUGUAGUAAUUGUUGUGUUCUUUUUUGAUUUUCUCUGAUUCAUUCUUUUCAUGGUAAUUGAAAACUAAAUCAAGGCAUAGCCUACGCC